AUGGAGGCCCGCGAUGAUGCUACUAGCGGCAGCAACGGCGACGAUGGCAACGAGUCUGAUGAUUCCAUAGCCAUGCCAGCGUCGAAUGUGCAGGACGAAAAUCAGGACUCCGAAAGAGUAGAAGUCAACGAUACGUCUUCUUCCAUGUUCUCCAAUCAGCACAGUUUCAAUAGUCGCAUCAUGUUGAAAAUUCUUCGUGAUCAGCAGCAACCACAACAACGACAACGACAAGACAGUGAAAGAAUUGAGGAAAGCAAGAGAGAAGAAGAAGAGGAGGAGACUGCCAAGUCCCUAGCACUACAUGUAGAAUCCACCGACGAACCUGACGACGUUGUGCCGGUUCCUGCUCUGCACACAAGUACUAUUACGAAUAUUAUGAAUACGAAUUCUAGUAGUGGAGACCCACGUCGCGUGCGUCUGAGGCCACCAGACGAUGUGAGCAUCAAGGACCGAUCUGCCAUGGAAGCCUUGAGAGCCAGUCAGACUCCUGGUGCCAUUCGAGUGGCCGGAAUUGACGGAGCUCCCCCCCAUGCUAGACGAAGACGAAUCGGGGGUUCUAGCCGUUGGCGAAAACAGCAAUGCCCGAAACCUCGCCUCUGCUGCUAA